AUGUCUUCAUUGACUUCUCCUUCUCCUUCUCCCCCUCAUCAGCAGCUACAUCAGACAAAUGGCUCGCGACGACCACCAAGGAAGAGCACACUUACGCAACAACAGAAAAACCAGAAACGUCAGAGAGCGACGCAGGAGCAACUCGUGACCCUGGAAGCCGAGUUCAAUAAGAACCCUACGCCAACAGCCGUCGUGCGUGAACGUAUUGCUCAGGAGAUCAACAUGACUGAACGUUCAGUUCAAAUUUGGUUUCAGAAUCGACGAGCAAAGAUCAAGCAUUUGGCGAAAAAGAGCAUUGAAACUGGAGAGGACUGUGACGCGAUUCCUGAUUGCAUGCGUCAGUACUUGGCUAUGCAAGCAAUGGAAAAUGGAAAGGGAUAUCCUCGUGACAUGAUGGCAGACCGUUCCCGAAGUCUUUCAGCCUACGGCAACGGUAACAUGAUGUUGACUCCUGAACCAAGUCCCCAAGGAAAGAUUGUUAUCCACCAUUUUACCUGUCGAUCAUUGACCAUUGGUUCCUGGCGCCGCGUCGGUCAGAAUGCGAUGGAUCUUGUUAUCUUCUACUCACCUGAAAAGGCGUGUAUUACUUACUAUAUCAACAAUGACUCCGCUGGUUAUAAGAUUGAAUAUCCUUUCUCGUCUAUCAAAAACAUCGAGCUCGAGGGAUUGGACUCACCCACAUCUGCCGCCAAUGGAACACAGAAGCAGGGGCAGCUUGUUAUCAGUCUGACCCAGCCACCGAACUUCUUCAUGGAUUCGUCCGGCUCCGGGGGGUUUUACCAAUGCCGUGAUUUUACAGAAGAUCAGCAAGCUUCCCAAGUUUUGGUCCACCAACUUGGGGGGCCCCCUAAAGUACUCCAGGGUCAACUUGCAAAGUUGAUGACAUCAGAAUCUUUUGCCAACAGACACAAUCACCCUCCUGCGCACAUGACGUUUUACGAGCACCCCACCCUAUCGGUUUCUGCUCCUGUCUCUCCACAAAUUAUACGCCCUGCUUCAUCAAACGAUGUCGAUUCACUAUCGUACAAUAUGCCAUCCUUCUCUUUCCAGGACCCACAGGAUCAUCUCUACGCCCCAGCGCCGCAACAUCCUCACUCUUUGGUCAAUCCUGGGCUUUCGAAUCCUCUACGUAUUGACACAUCCUCAUCAGGUUUUCUCGAUUAUAGACCUGGCUCAGCCUACCCUCUUUCUGCAGCCACCACAACUUCACCCUCUGAUUAUGCUAGUCCAUCAAUGCUCAAUUCUUCUUUACAGCCUGAUAUGAAUGGAAACGGCUACGGUACCCCCUACAGUUUGCCAUUCUUAUCGCCAAUGAUUGAUCCCACAGGGGUCAUCAAUCCUUCAGUCUCUCCAAUUUCAAUGGGUCAUGGUGAUCCUGUAAUUGCAAGCGCUUCACCACCCUUGUCACACAUGCACCGCGCGGAUAGCUCUGAGCUAUUUCCAGAGACAUAUGAUCACCACGGAAAUCUUUCGGAUGAUGGUGUUGGUUUAAGCGAACUAUAUUCAAAGCAAUCAUUGACCAUGUCAGGCAGCUCUCCAUCGGCACUUGACGAUUCAGACGAAGUAGACAUGCAGCACAUGAUGCAUUACCCGAUGUCCCAAGGUGUUUCGCCUCAAGGGAAUAUGAUGUAA